AUAGAGCUGCAUCCACAUCAUCAUCAUCAUCAUCAUCCCUCCACAAAAAUGAGUAUAGUAGUGUUAAAAAAUGGUGAGUAGAAUUGUCAUCAGAUAUGUUGCUGAGAAAGGUGUGGGAAUCAAUAGUGCCUGGUAAUAGCAGCAGCAAUCGAAAUUCAGCAACAAGAGUAACAACAGGCAUAGGCAGCUUGGAUGUUUUACCCGAAGACGUGCUCGGAAUAAUCCUGAGAAAAUUAGGGCCAGAAGAUGCCGGCAAGCUUUGUGUGGUUUGCAGAAGCUGGAGACGAAUUGUGAUUUCUGACAAUCGUCUUUGGAUAAAUUUCUUCCAAACAAACCCUAAUAAUUUAUGGGAUUUGGACUCCAUUUUCUUCUCUGAAACUCAUUUGCCGCGCCAGCUGUCUGUCUCUGUUCCUGUCUCUCUGAUGCAUCUCUAUGGGCAGCGGGCUAAAGUGCCCGGUGCUGUUAUUGUUGACGGUGGCUCUGGCUACUGCAAGUUCGGUUGGAGCAAGUAUCCGCGGCCAUCUGGGAGAUCUGCCACCUUCUUGGAAUUUGGAAAUAUAGAAGCCCCAAUGUACUCUCGACUUCGUCAUUUUUAUGCCACCAUUUAUAGCAGGAUGCAAGUAAAAUCUACUGCUCAACCCAUUGUUGUUUCAAUCCCUAUCUGUCAUUAUGAUGACACAGAAUCUGCUAAAGCAUCAAGAAGGCAACUUAAAGGAGCAAUAUAUUCAGCACUUUUUGAUAUGAAUGUGCCUUCUGUUUGUGCAAUAAAUCAGGCUACUCUAGCAUUAUAUGCUGCAAGGAGAACUUCAGGAAUUGUGGUUAACAUUGGUUUCCAUCAAACAUCAGUUGUGCCAAUUCUUCAUGGAAAAAUAAUGCGCAAAGUGGGAGUUGAAGUUGUUGGCAUGGGGGCAUUAAAGCUUACGGGAUUUCUUAGAGAGCAGAUGCAGCAGCAGAACAUUUAUUUCAAGUCUUUGUACACUGUUCGUGAACUUAAGGAGAAUCUUUGUUAUGUGGCUCUUGAUUAUGAAGCGGAACUUUCUAAAGAUACACUACGGUCUUAUAAAGUACCAAGAGAGGGUGUUUUUGCACUGUCUAAAGAGCGUUUUCAAACAGGAGAGAUCUUAUUCCAACCACGUCUUGCUGGAGUACGUGCAAUGGGACUGCACCAGGCAGUUGCACUCUGUAUGGAACAUUGCCAUGCUGCAGAACUGAUGGGUGAUGACAAUUGGUUCAAGACAGUGGUGUUAUGUGGUGGAACUGCUUGCUUACCUGGAUUAGCUGAAAGGCUAAAGAAAGAAUUGCACGAGCUUCUUCCUCUGUACUUGACAAAUGGAAUUAAUGUAAUUCCUCCUCCUCAUGGCGUUGAUUCUGCCUGGCAUGGUGCCAGGCUGAUAAGCAAUUUGAGCACCUUCCCAGGAGCAUGGUGCAUGACCAAAAGGCAGUUGAAGUAUAAGUAUCGAAGGAACCGUUUAGGUUCAUGAUGAUGGCAUGAUAAAUUGUUGGGAAGUUACAAUGCCUUAUAUUUUCUCGAGUAUGACAGUCUGUAAUCGUUCACAGCAACCAGGCUGUACAUACGGAAAGUUGCAGGGUUCAUUGAUCUCAACUUUUUCAGUGGUCUGAAUUCGAAAUAAAGUACUUGCUCCAUACUAGUGUGUAUAAAAGUAUAAGUGUAUAUAGUAUACGAAGUAAAUGGUUGUACUAUGUAAGAAGAUUGGCUUUUGUAUGCUUAUCUGGAUGAAUUGGAAAUGUAUAGCAAGAGUAAGAUAAAGAAAUUUAUAUAAAUGAA